GCGGGUCCUGGGGCUCCGAUCAGCUGAUUCACGGCUGGGGCGCGGGGCGGGGCCUGCAGGGUGAAGGGGCGGGGCUUGAUUUAAAGAGGCCGCAGCGCGAGGGUUGGGCUGAGCCGGCGGACGGGCUCCCGCGGGGGACAAACUAGUGAGAACAUGGGGGAAAUUCUGUGUAUAAAAGCUCGGAAACCAGGAUGCUGCGGUUGCUGCUCAGAGAGAGAGGGCCCUCAACACCACCAGGAGCCCCAGCAUGUGGAAGUGGAGUCUACAUUGGAGCUCACAGGUCUAAACAAAGUGCCACAUUCUGUGACUUCAUUCCCAUCACCAUGGUUCCACACACUCCAGGUAGAGAGGUCUCGGAAAAAGAGUCGGCGAAGUAACAGUGAUCCUUUCCAGGAGAGAAAGUUCAUGGAGAGACACCAAUGGAGACGAGGCCUCCCAUUUGGAACUGCCACAUCCUAUCUGCAUCUUGAGAAGCUCUGCGAAGGUUCUUAUUCUACAGUUUACAAAGGGAUCAGCAGAAUCAAUGGCCAAUUGGUGGCUCUGAAAGUUAUCAGUCUGGAAACAGAGGAGGGAGUGCCUGUUACAGCCAUUCGGGAAGCUUCCCUUCUCAAGCAUUUGAAACAUGCCAACAUUGUGGUCCUGCAUGACAUUUUCCAGACAACAGAGACUCUGACAUUUGUCUUUGAAUAUAUGCACACAGACCUGGCACAAUACAUGGCCCAACAUCCAGGAGGACUUCAUCCUCACAAUGUUAUGAUUUUUAUGUUCCAGCUUUUGCGAGGCCUGACUUACAUCCACAACCAACUCAUUCUUCACCGUGAUCUGAAACCCCCAAACUUGCUCAUCAGUUGCCUUGGUGAGCUCAAAUUAGCUGACUUUGGUCUGGCCCGUGCCAAAUCUAUCCCUAGUCACACAUAUUCUUGUGAGGUGGUGACACUCUGGUAUCGUCCUCCUGAUGUGCUACUUGGAGCCACUGAUUAUUCCUCUGAGUUGGAUAUCUGGAGUGCUGGCUGUAUAUUUGUGGAAAUGUUGCAAGGUCAGCCCUUGUUUCCAGGAGUUUCUGGUGCUCUUGAACAACUGCAAAAGAUCUGGACAAUAUUGGGGGUCCCAAGUGAGGGCACAUGGCCAGGACUUUCCAAGCUUCCCAACUAUAAGCCAGAGAGGAUUGUCUCCAGCAGACCUCAGAGGCUCCGAAUGAUCUGUGACAGACUGGGCAGGGUGCCAGGAGCUGAAGACCUGGCAUCAAGAAUGCUGAAAACAUUUCCUAGAGAGCGGGUCUCUGCACAAGAUGCGCUUGUCCAUAACUUUUUCAGCCCUCUGCCUGCUCAGCUGCAUCAGCUUCCAGAUGCACAAUCACUGUUUACAGUCCCAGGAGUGAGGCUGCAACCAGAAAUCUGUGACAUAUUUGUUCCUCACCAGAAGCAUCAUCCCCAAGCCAGUUCCAGCAAGUUCUGGUGAAAUAUCAGAAUGAUCAACUUCCUUUUGGGGUUACAAGUAACACCUGUUGCUGAAAGAUCAUGGGGCUUCCCAGAAAUAACUACAGAAACAUCCAUUUUAUCCAGUUUGCUUACAUUUAGCAUUUGAGAGCAGUUUGUGCAUACUCCAGGAAUGCUCACCCUGCAGCACACAGAGCCAUGACGUCAGGCCUGCAAGGACUCCCCACAGGUUAUAAAAUUUGGUGGUAGAGGAGCAAUGGAAGUACUGUUUCCAAAUUCCCACGCCCCACAUGGGAGGUCAGAGCUAGGCCAUGCCCCCUCCCCCCUGCAUGGCCAGAUUGGGGUUGGGCCACACCACCUCCCCCCAUGCAUCCAGGUCACACCCUGUUGUCCCCCACCAAUGGAGCCAUGCUCCCUCUACCCCACCCCGCUGUGGGGCUGGGUUGGGGCCGGGCCAUGCCCCCUCCCCACCAUGGGACCCAGCUAGGCCCCUUCCCUCCCCUGCAGGGCUGGUCAGGACUGGGACACGUCCUCUCCCCCCACAUGGUCAAAUUGGGACCAGGCUGUACCCUGUACCUUUGCAUGGCCAGAUGGGGCCUCAACAUGGCCACCUGGGUACUAAAUUGAGACCACCAGCUGGAUUUGGUCCAUAGGCAGACCAGGCACUGCCCAUCCAGCCCACUGGGGGAGAAGGUUGGGCACCACUGGUCUGGCCAGUUUCACAGGUUUCUUUGCAUAGUCAGAGGGGUCCUGGAUCCAUAAACACAUGUAACAUUCAAUUCCACUGAAGUCUCUAAGCAUAGCCAGUUAAGUAAAAUUAUGCUCAUGCUUUAGUGUUGGCAGAAUCAAUGCAAUACAUUUUUCUGCUAAAGCUUCUGUCUAAUGCAUUUGAAAGCUUGUCUAACUUCAUCCCAACUAUGCAGUUGGUCCAAUAAAAGAUAU